AUGGCAAAAGCAUUAAGUUUUAAAGUGGUUCGUGUGAUGAACAUAUAUUGGCAAGUAGAAAAGUCUGGAACAGAUUGUGGAGUAUACCUUAUAAGGCAUAUGGAAAUUUACAUGGGGGAAAAUGAAGGGCGUUGGGGGUGUGGUCUUAUAGGUAAAUUGCCUGGUGAUGUGGCAGCUAUUGGCAAAUUAAGAACGAAAUACAUGGCAAGAAUGUUGACAACUGACUUCAACGAGUAUAAGAGUAUGAUGGUUAAAGAUUUUGAAACGUUUCGUAAGCUUGAUAUUUUGAAACAAACUAUGCUUCUUCAAGAGUCAGGUGAAAAUAGGAAGAAAAAGAGAAAAGCAAAGGGUCAUCGGUAA